AUGGCUAUUGACAUUGUAUUUUGCAAUGACUUUGGGCAAAAUGACCUUAAAAGUGUGAUGUUUCUUGUGUCCUUGCUUCUGACAAGUGCAGUUGUUCACGCUGAAAACAAGGAUUAUGCAAAACAAGAAGAUGAUUUGAAAGCUUCAGCUACUGGUUAUGGUUCAAGUGGUGGAGGUUAUGGUGGCGGAGGAGGAGGUGGUGGUGGUUAUGGUGGUGGAGGAGGAGGUGGUGGGUCAAUCAGUAUCCAGGCUGUGCCAAUAUCGGUAAGUGGAGGUGGUGGAGGUGGCUAUGGCGGUGGAGGUGGUGGCGGAGGCUACGGAGGUGGUGGCGGAGGUUACGGAGGUGGUGGUGGAGAAGGAGGAGGAGGAAAAGGAGGUGGUUAUGGAGGGUGGUGA